AUGUCAGCAAUGUUGUCAUCUAUUGUUUUUAUUAAAAGUGUAAGUAGCGAAAAGGUUUCAACAGGAAUUGCCUAUAGUAGAGCAGAUAAUGAAGAAUUUGUGAAAAUUAAUUUCAAAAUAACGGUAAUUCAAGCAACAAAUUUGAAUCUAAAAACAUCAGAUGAUGAACCAAAUAUGUAUGAUCUACCUAUUAUACCAUUAUUUGGAUCUUUUACUUCAUCAUUAGAAGAAUCAACAAAAUCUUCAGCAAUAUUUUCAGUUGCAGGAAAAUUAUUCAUAGGAACAAGCUUCAUACAAAUCAUUUGUUCUGAAAUUGGGUGGUCUUUUCCUAACACUAUAGCACAAAAAGGAGAAAAAAGUAAUAGAGCUCUAAAAAGGGAAAUUUAUUAA